AUGGCCCUACUGCUGCUCCUGGGACUGCUGGGGCUGCUGGGGCUGCUGGGCCUCUGGGGGCUGCUCUACACCCCAGGCCCCAGCUCCUCCCCAGCCCCACAGUGGCCCCCUGGGCCUCGUCCGCUGCCACUCCUGGGGAACCUGCCCUUGCUUCGAGCUACACAACAGGACCAGUGGCUGUUGGAGCUCUCGGAACGCUAUGGACCCAUGUUCACAGUUCACCUGGGAGGCCAGAAGACUGUGGUGCUAUCAGGCUAUGAGGCUGUGAGGGAGGCCCUGGUGGGCACUGGGCAGGAGCUGGCUGACCGGCCCCCCAUCCCCAUCUUUCAGCUCAUCCAGCAAGGUGGUGGCAUCUUCUUCUCCUCUGGGGCACGCUGGAGGGCUGCCCGCAGGUUCACCAUGCGCGUGCUGCACAGCCUGGGUGUGGGGCAGGGCCCAAUGGGCAGCAAAGUGCUGCAUGAGCUGGCAAGUCUCACAGAGAAGCUAGAUGGCUGCAGAGGCCGGCCCUUCCCACUGGCCCUGCUGGGCUGGGCUCCCUCUAACAUCACAUUCACACUCCUCUUCGGCCAGCGGUUCGACUACCAGGACCCCAUGUUCCAGUCCCUGCUAGGUCUGAUUGACGAGGUCAUGGUCCUCUUAGGCUCACCUGGUGUGCAGCUGUUUAACAUCUAUCCACGGUUGGGGACCUUUCUUGGUCUGCACCGGCCUGUCCUGAGCAAGAUCGAAAAGGUACGAGCCAUCCUAAAGACAAUCCUGGAAGCACGGCGGCGCACCAUAUCCAGGGGUAGCCCUAUACAGAGUUAUGUGGAUGCCCUGAUCCAGCAGGGUCAGGGGUCUGAUCACCAGGGCCUGUUCACCGAGGCCAAUGUUGUGGCCUGCAUGCUGGACAUGCUCAUGGCUGGCACGGAGACCACCUCGGCCACACUGCAGUGGGCAGGCCUCCUGAUGGCUAAGCACCCGGACAUUCAAAGUCGAGUGCAGGAGGAGCUAGACCGCGUGCUGGGUGCUGGAAGGCUCCCGCAGCCUGAGGACCAGCAGCAGCUGCCCUACACCAGCGCGGUGCUGCACGAGGUCCAGCGCUACAUCACACUGCUGCCGCAUGUGCCCCGCUGCACAGCCACUGAUACCCAGCUGCGUGGCUACCUGCUCCCCAAGGGCACGCCCGUGAUCCCCUUGCUGACCUCCGUACUGCUGGACAAGACCCAGUGGGUGACCCCCAGCCAGUUCAACCCGGGGCACUUCCUGGAUUCAGACGGGCACUUUUUGAAGCAGCCGGCUUUCCUGCCUUUCUCUGCAGGCCGCCGUGUCUGUGUUGGAGAGAGCCUCGCCAGGACUGAGCUUUUCCUGCUGCUGGCUGGCUUGCUCCAGCGUUACCACCUGCAGCCCCCACCUGGCACCAGCCCUGAUGCCCUGGACACGGUGCCUGCCCAGGCCUUCACCAUGAGGCCCCAGGCCCAGGUCCUGUGUGCAGUGCCCCGACACUAG